AUGAGGUUUUCCAACACUUUGAAGGCGAACCAGGUCGACGAGUGGAAGGAGAAUUACGUGUCUUACGAGGCUCUCAAGCCCUUGAUAGGAAGGGACAAGGGAGGGUUUGCGGCCCGGAUCGAUGAGGAGCUCCGGAAGAUAAACGACUUCUUCUUUCUACUUGAGAAGAAGGCUGUCAUUGAAAAGGAGGAGAUAUUUGCCGAUGUCGGAAUAUCUCCUGAGGACAGAUUGAACAAGGAUCUGGGGGUACGAAUUAGGGACUUGCAGAAGAAGACGGAGUGCAUGAGCGACGAUCAGGGCGGGCGGCUGAGGAUCAAGACAGACAGAAGCGCGGAGUUUGACAAUGAGGGUGACGAUGAGGAUUCCAGGAAUGGCUCUGAAGAGGAUGAGAGCGACAACUUUGAGUAUCUGACCAAGAAGACGGGGAGGAGCGCGGAUGAAAGAGGGCUUGGAGGAAUAUUCAAGAUUUCGAGGCGGUUUGAGAGGAGAAGGAGGGAAAAGAACAUACAGGAGUUUCUCCAUGCGGUAAUAAGCAUCAAAAGGUUCAGAGAGCUGAAUUACACAGGACUAAUGAAGCUUUCGAAGAAGUAUGAUAGGAUGUAUCCGCAAGAGAGAUUCCAUGAGGCUUUUUCCAGGAGCGUCAACGAGUCGUAUUUCAAUAAGUCUAGGCGCAUCGACGAUGUAUAUAGGUCCGUGAAGGAGCUUUACACCAAUGUGUUUGCAAAGGAUGACCCGGCCAAGGCAAGGACGGUGUUCAGAAAGCUGAAGGGCAAGAGAAGGGCAGAUCCCUUUGUUUCCUAUGCGUCCGGGGUGUUAGGAGGGAUAUCGUUGGCAAUAAUCGGGCUGAUGGACUUUGGAAACAAGCAAAUGGACAAGGAGCUAUUCUUUUCCAUGGCGCUUUUGCAGUAUGGGGCGUUUCUCUUUGGAGUAUCUCUUGCCAUAUUCAAAAGGUUCCACAUAAACUACAAGUUUAUUUUCAACUUCGAUGUAUGCUCGUCACUAAGCUCAGACAAAUAUCUGUUUGUGACAUCCCUCUCGAUAUUCUCCAAUGCUGUUGGGACAUGGAUCAACAUUUCGUUUGUUCACCUUAACCCGUACUACUUGGUUCUGGUCCAUUUUCUGAUACUGAUGAUGCCCUUCAAGGUGCUUUACCACGAGUCAAGAUUCUAUCUUCUCUUGGUUGUGUUUAGGAUAAUAGUGUUUCCCAUGUCAUUUGUCAGGUUCAGACACUUCUACUUUGCAGAUGUUGGGCAGAGUCUUACGUUCUGCUUCAAGAAGAUGCUUUUCUAUGGAAUGAGUCUCGACUGGAAGGUUGAGGGAUGUGCCAACUCGUUCUUUGCAACAAUCAGGUUUUUGCAGUGUCUUAGGCGCUACAGAGACACCCGGCUCAAGUUUCCUCACAUCGCAAAUGCCCUGAAGUACUCUCUUUUAAUCCUUGUGGGGUUUUCACAGCCACUGUAUGCGAGCAGGAAGACGUGGGAUCUCUUUAUCUACAGGGCAAUGGUCAUCAGUGCUACAUCCAUCUAUUCUAGUGUUUGGGACGUGUUCGUAGAUUGGGGGAUCGUCAGAGACAAGAUGAUGUAUCCCCGGUAUGUCUAUGGUUGCGGGGUGGUGUUCAACUUCUUGUGCCGCUUUUCAUGGGUGUUGCUGUACUGGUUCGAAAUCCCUGUGUUUUGGAUGGCAUUCCUGGAAAUAAACAGGAGAUUUGUGUGGACAGUCUUCAGAGUGGAAUUUGAGCAUCUCAACAACUGCAGCGAGUUCAAGUCAAUGGGUUCCAUGCAGCUCACAUCCAGAGAGCUCUUUUACAAGAGGGACUAUGAAGCAGAUGCCAGAGUUAAUGAUACGGAAACCGAGAAUGACUCAAGCGUUACUUAG